AUGGGAUUCGACAUGACCAUGCUAGCCCCCGGUCCAGCCGGCACCUCCAUGAUUGGCGAAAGCAACAUCGACGCCGCGGCCCGCCGAGGCUACGCGCGGAAGCAGCGCGAGCAGCGCGAAGCCGCGGCGAAACUUGAGGCUAAUGGCAACCCGAAAGAAAAAGAUAGCGAUGCACAGUCCGAGAAGACAUUGACAGCGCAGAGCAAUGUGGAAGAUGAUAAGACGAAUGACGAUACGUUCAGUAUGGCUUCUACUCAGGUUGGGAGUACGAAACGUGAGAGUGGGAUACGGGGAACUUGGGAUCGAGUGAAAGGAAAGUUUCGAUAG